ACAAUCCCUUGAAAAUGGAUCCCGUGGUUUUUACUGUAAGUAAAGGAGGGAGGGACCUUCUCGGAAACCGAAACCACAGCUUCUUUCACUAUGGCGAGAAACUAGAAAGGCCGAAGGACUUCUGAGCAGGGCUAUUUUGGCAAAAAUGCUGAAGAAGUUUCUUAGUUCUUUCUCCAGCUUAUUUUACAAAGGAAGAAACGAGCAAACAGGGGUAAAGGACUUGCUCAAGGUCACACAGGUAAUUACCAGCAUGGAACAACCUUGUGGUCUUCUCACCCUCUCUAAGCAGCCAGUUCCUCUCAAGAGCAUCUCAGUAGAUGUGUCUAUCAAUCAGUUUGUGGCAGAUGUGUCUGCAACCCUGGACUACAAGAAUGAGGAAACAAGCCCUGUGGAAGCAUUGUUUGUGUUCCCCAUGGAUGAAGACUCUGCUGUUUAUAGCUUCCAGGCUGUGGUGGAUGGGAAGAAUAUAGUGGGAGAAAUCCGAGAAAAGCAGAAGGCCCAGGAGGAUUAUGAGAAUGCCAUCUCUCAAGGCCAGGAAGCCUUCCUACUGGAGCAGGAUAACAGCUCUAGGGACAUUUUCAGAUGUAGUAUAGGAAAUCUGCCCCCUGGCCAGAAGGCUACUGUCACCCUGAGCUAUGUUCAGGAACUGUCCCUUGAAGCAGAUGAGGCUGUUCGAUUUGUGCUCCCAGCCAUCUUGAACCCACGCUACCUUCUCCAAGAAUCAGCUGAGACUGACAGCAUCACCUCUCACAUUUCCCGGAUUCCUGGCAAGGAGCUGCCCUACACAUUUAGUGUCAGCGCCAAUAUCUGCUCCUCUAAUGGCAUUGAGAAGGUCCAUUCCAGCUGUGCCCUGAGUCCCCUGAAGUACUUGGCAGAUGACAAGACAGUUGCCCAGGUUUCCUUGGCUGAAGGGCACAAAUUUGAUCGGGAUGUUGAGAUUCUGGUUUACUACGGGGGAAGAAACACUCCCAGUGUCUCCUUGGAGCUUCCCCAAGCUGGUGCCAAACCAGGUUCCCUGAUGGGAGACACAGCUAUGAUGGUGAGUUUCUACCCUAGCAUCCCUGUGGCUGAGGGAGAGAGCACUUCUGGUGAAUUUAUCUUCCUUGUGGACCGCUCAGGGAGCAUGGCCUCACCACUGAAUUAUGAAAUGGGUUCCCAGUUACGCAUAUCAAGUGCCAAGGAAACUCUGAUCCUGCUGCUGAAGAGUUUGCCUCUUGGCUGUUAUUUCAAUAUCUAUGGAUUUGGAUCCUCUUUUGAUUACUUCUUCCCAGAAAGUGUGGAGUACACACAGCAGACCAUGGAGGAGGCUGUGCAGAGAGUAAAGUCUCUUGAAGCUGACCUGGGAGGGACUGAAAUCUUGGAGCCACUGAAGAGCAUUUACAGCAAAUCCUGCAAACCAAACCACCCCCGGCAGCUCUUUGUCUUCACAGAUGGAGAAGUUUGUGAUACAGGUUUGGUGAUUGCUGAAGUUCGACGCCACAGCCAGAAUCACAGGUGUUUCUCUUUUGGAAUUGGAGAAGGGGCUUCUACCAGCCUUAUUAAAGGCAUUGCACGGGCAGCUGGAGGCACUGCAGAAUUCAUCACGGGCAAGGACAGAAUGCAGCCCAAGGCUCUUCGGUCCCUAAAGCAAGCCCUGCAGCCAAUGGCCCAGGAUAUCUCCUUCACCUGGACUCUGCCUCCUGGGCUGGAGACCACCUUGCUCUUCCCAGCUCCUACUAUCAUCUUCCAGGGUCAGAGGUUAAUUCUCUAUGCCCAGUUGAAAGGGACCAAUGCACCCAAAGGAGCAGCAGGUGAGGUAUGUCUUCAGUACACACUCCGUGGUAAUAGCGUCAAGAGCACAGUGCCAUUCUCCUUGGAUCCCAAGGCAGAUGACAAACUUACCAUUCACCGCCUGGCUGCCAAGUCCUUGAUCCAGACCCUAGAAGGAAGUUCAGAGGAUGCUGCAGAAAAGAAGAAAAAAGUGAUGGAUAUCAGCCUCCAGUCAGGAGUUGUCUCCCCUCACACAGCCUACAUUGCUAUCAAUAAGGAGCUCAACGAGCCCAUUCAGGGGCCCCUAAUUCGGAGGGAUAUUCCAUUGGCUCAGAUGGCCUAUAGGCCAAUGAAGUGUAUGGCAGCUCCUAAGGCAUUUCGUGGUCCUCUGAUGGCUAAAUCACUUUCCAAUUGUGCUGGCCCUCCAGUUUUUCAUUCUGCAUCUUGUGGACCACUCGUAAAAAAAAAGAAGUCUUCCAGGCAUGAAAAUUUUGCAAGGUCCUCACUUUUAAUGCAAUGUAGCAUUAUGGAAUCCGAUACAGUUCCAUCCCCUCCAGAGUCUCCACUUCUACAGCUGAUUUCCCUCCAGAAGGCAGAUGGUUCCUGGGAACUGGACGAAGCUCUGGCUUCAGUCCUGGGUGUGAGUGUUCAGGCUGCACUGGCUGCAUUGCCUGAUCAGAGUAAAGAUGUCCCAAGCUGGGCCACUAUCUUGGCUGUGCUGUGGCUGCACAGCAGCUUUUGGGGCCAGAGAGAAGAAUGGGAACUUCUGGAAAAGAAGGCUGUGGCAUGGAUCCAGGCUCAUUCUGACUCCUCCCUGGGUGAAUGUAUUGAAGCUGCCAAUGCUCUUCUGAAAUCCUCUGUGGAUCCUGCAGUCUUUGGCCUGUGAGAGUAGAGAUGGAAGAUUUUAAGAGUUUAUCUCUGGCUGCUUCUCCCUUAGCCUCUCUGCUGCUGAGAGGUCUUGGUGUGCUUCCCUUCCCAGUUAUGGCUCAUUCCCCAUAGGAAGUGGUCAGUCAGAUUCAGUUUGUUUUAAUUCAAGUAUUUCUUUAGUGCCCUGCUCUGGGCUGGACACUGCUAGGAGCUAGCAUUACAGAGACAAAGAUGAUAGUCCCCUCACACAAGCAGCUUGCAUUCUUCUAGGGAAAGCAAGAAGUUUACAGAUAAGCAAAUUCCAAAAUAUGUGCAAUAAGUAAAAAUAUUUCUUUUGGUGGAUGGAGUGGGAAAUGACAAGAAGAAAUAACAAUAGUUAAUCAAUAAAGGCUUCUUUAAAUUCCCCAUAUUCUUUCUAAGCACUGCUGCUCUAUGCAAGAUCAUUCUUUGUGGUUACCAGGAUCUCUGGCACUGUAUAACCCAUUAAAUUUCAGAUUUGAUGAACGCAGACAUUAUUCUAGCUUUCCCCUUUGAGAUUAUCUCAUAGAAUAUUAUAGAAAGAAUGCUUCCCCUUCUGUUUUAGAUGAUUAAACAGAGGAAUGGAGGGACUAGUUUGAAGUGUCUUUAAUCUAUGUGCUGAUAGGGAUUUUACUUUUGAUGAGAUAGUGAAAAUUUAGAAGGCAUUAGGACAUGUAUCUACCAUGACAUGUUAUUGCAUAACAAUUAGAAUUGCUUGUAUUAAAUGUCAUUAACAUAAUUCUUCUAUCACUCUUGCAUGCUAUCUGGAGAAAGCUAGUUAGUAAAGACCCCAUGCACAGAAAGCUAGAUUUAGGAGACAGAUAUUGAAUUUAACCUGACUCUGUGCCGGAGGAAUGAGUGUGGAAAGAGAUACCUAAAAUUCCUCACCCACAGGCUCAACUCUGCCCUGAACUGUUCUGAUUCUAUGUGAGGCUUUACAUAUUCUAAUUCAACAUGCACUUAGGAGCUCCUUUUGCUGCCUGUGGGAACUACUGGAGACAAUUCUUGGUAGUCAUGGAGGUGAAGUCCUAUGAUGGCUGCAGGUCCCUUUCCUUUUAUGCCCUGUUCUCUGCUGAGCAACAAUAAUAGGAAUAUAUAGAACUAAUAUAGAGAUAAAUACCACCCUGUCUCUGAAAUGAACGGAAAGGCAUUCUUUGCAUUUAAUGACCUGGCUCUUAUAUUUCCACUUGCUUUGUCAUGGAUACUUGAGCUUUUCAGAAAAAUGUUAUUUCCUGAAAAUAUUCUAGUAACAAGAAUAAAGUGACUUGCCUAUUAA